CUCUACAGAAUACGUCGGUCAUGGCUCGGGAAUCGUUCGAGCGCGAGAGGUCUGAGGGAGGCAUCGGCAUCGACGUCAGAACGGAGGGUCCGAAUAGGAACCCAACUCUGGCAAUGGUGGGGACGGCGGCGACCGUAACGGGAUGUCCUCUUCUCGUUGUGUUUCCUCUUGGGAUCGAUUCGCUGCGCGAUUCGCAAGAUGACGGUCGUCCUUGGUCGUACGCUGUCAUCGGACGCUCGCUUUAUAGUAUCCGUAGACACGCGUUGAACAGGUCUUCCAUCGCGUUCUCGUCAUCGUCGAGAGGUUCAUAAGAGAUCGGACGUCCCUGCGCUGCUCACAAAUGCCUCAUCUCGCACCACCGUCGACGUCGAACGUAAUAGGCUACAGCUGGGCUCCAGACGGCUCGCUCACCUACCAAGAAGCUCCUCGGCCCUCUCCUCCACACUCGUCCUCGUCCCCGGCAGCGAUCGGCUACUCCUAUUCCGCCGAAGGAGCAGUCCGCUUGAUCCCCGCUCCUCCUCCAGCCCAAUCUUCGCCACCCCUGCCUCGUUAUACGCAUCCACAAGCCCAUAUCUCGCCCUCCUCCCCAACGCACAUCCGUCAACAGACCUAUCCUCCCCCUCCUCUACCACACGUUCAUACAUCACGCAAUCGCUCGACGUCAUAUCCGUAUACGAAGACAUACCCCACUUCUACGAGCGUGAAUACAAGUCCAUCCGUGGGGGGUUGGACUGCUCCGUCCACUCCUGUUCCGUCUUCCGGCACUGGCUCUGCUACGCAUACCCACUCGCAUUCGCCCUCAAAGUCGCCCUCAAAGUCUAGGUCGCGCUCUAAAUCACACUCGCAUUCACAAUCCAAUUCGAACACGAACCCGAUCUCUCGCCCAGCUCUACAUCCAUCGUCGCAUUCAUACACACACUCGCACGCGCAUUCUCCAUCCAUAUCUGUAUCUCGGCCUCGCUCCCACUCGAACGCACCACCGGCCCAUGCCCAUUCCCACUCCCCACCGUAUCCUCAUCCCCAUCCUCCUCCCGGACACCACACUGAUUCUCCCACCCAAACGAAAUCGCGGAGCACAAGUCGCAGCACGAGCACGAGCACGAACCCGAACGGGAGCAGGAGUAAGAUCGAGCUGAGUAGCGUUUAUCGAUACGCGGGUGCGGACGUCGGGAGUGGGUUUCCUGGUGCUGGUAGAGGUUCGAAUACGAUCGAAGGCUUGCCCGUUGUUGGUAGUGUUGUGUAUGGACAACUAUCCGGGCAUGGGUACGGUGAUCGACAGCGAUACGAACCGGCCCAAGGACCUACACAUGGAUACGAGCACGAGCAUGGACAUGGAGCUAUCCCCGGCGGAGGAGACGUGUCGCACGAUGGGGUUGGAGGUGGAGGUGGGGGGUGGACGGGAUGGGAUGGGCAUCCGACGCGGUGAGGUGGGGUCGUUGGGCUCGGAUGUGGGUGUUGGUGGAAUAUGUCUUGGAUAUAAGUAUGCUCGGCCGCGAUCAGGUGACGGCGUAGACGGUGACGGCGUUGAAGCGCAGAGAGGGUUAGCGUAGGUGCAGGUGUCGGAAGAUAUCAAGUGACGGACACGCAUAGAAGUUGGGCACUUGAUUUUGGACGUUCGUUUGGUCUUGAAUACCGCAUCGGUGUAUUAGAGUAGGGCCC